GAUUCUUUGAAUGACUGAAGUCGGAGAGAGAGAGAGAGAGAGAGAGUAUUAUUUUUGUUUUUUUAAAUGAUGGAAAUUUCUGUUAGCUAAUCCAAUAUUCAAUAGAGAGAAAGUUUGGAAACUGAUGAUUGAAAAUGGAGAAGCCUGUCCUUUGACUUCUGUAUUAUCUUCUGAUCAUCCCUCAGCAAUAAAUAUAAUCUCAACCCUACAAACCCAAUUCUCCCUUGCUUCUUCUGAAACAACUUCCACAGAGAGAGAGAGAGAUGGGAAGGGCUCCUUGCUGUGACAAGGCCAAUGUGAAGAAAGGGCCAUGGUCACCAGAAGAGGAUACAAAGCUUAAAGACUAUAUAGAGAAACAUGGGACUGGAGGAAAUUGGAUUUCUCUCCCUCAGAGAGCUGGUCUUAAAAGAUGUGGAAAAAGCUGCAGAUUAAGAUGGCUAAACUAUCUCAGACCCAACAUCAAGCAUGGAGAUUUUUCUGAUGAUGAAGAUAGGAUCAUCUGUAGCCUGUAUGCCAACAUUGGAAGCAGGUGGUCAAUCAUAGCAGCUCAGUUGCCAGGCAGGACUGACAAUGAUAUUAAGAACUAUUGGAACACAAAGCUUAAGAAGAAGCUGAUGGGUAUGAUGAUUCAUCCUUCACAAGCAAAGUUACCCCAUCAAUUACCUGCAAGUUUUUCUUCUCUUCUUCAUCAAGUUUCAUCAUCAUUAUCAUCACCAUCACCAUCUACUGCAAUAUCAUCAUCAUCAGCUCCUUCAUAUACCCCAGCUAGGUCUUUUGCUGAACCUGUUCCAUUUUCAAGUAACAACAACUCCUUCACUACUGCUGCAUCUAUCUUCUCACCUCAAGACAGCAGCUUUCUGGCUGCUAUUCAAAAUUAUCAAAUGAAAGAUAGCUGCAGCUCUUCUGAUGGAAGUUGCAACAACCAUAUCAGCCAUGACAAAGACUUGGAGUAUGAAUAUGGCGGUGGUGGUGCAAGUGCAACUGAACAAAUGGGUUUACAAAAUUAUUUCUAUUAUGGAGUAGAAGAGAGUCAGAAAUUACUAGAUGGUGGUGGUGAGAAUCCAAUAAUAGACUAUGGUCUAGAAGAGAUUAAACAGCUUAUUAGUAGUAGCAGCAGUUGUAGCAACAACUUUUUGUUUGAAGAAAACAAGACAUCAGAGGGGAGGAUCAUGUACUAUUGAUGCUGAUGCUAACUGUGAGUAAAAUCACAAAGACUCGAAGAAAAAGAAGGGAAGAAAAGGUUUGAAAUUAAGCUUGAAAGGUUUCAAAUUUAUUGGGGAUGGAUGGGAUUUUGUGUUUUCUCAUGAAUAACAUUUCUUUUGAUAAUACAUGGUCUAAAAAGUUUUCCUUUGAGCA